AUGACGACAGAAAAUGCUAACGAAAAACUUGAGCGACAGCGUCACCGAAGAAGACAUCCCACGGACACAGCCCAAGGCUCCAAAGACGAGGACAUUGUUGAAAAGAAGGUGUCACUGGAAGUGCAGAUCACACCAAGUCAGGGUGAGAUCAGCCUGGGGGAGUCCAAAUUCUUCAUGUGUGAGGCUGUAGGUGUUGCCAAGCAGAUAGACUGGUUUGGACCGAAUGGCGACAGGAUAGAACCGAACAGACCCGACAUAACGGUAACCCGUAACGAUGAGUCAACCUCCACCCUCACGCUGUAUAAAGCUGGGACUGAGAAUGCGGGGACAUACAAGUGUGUCGCUACCAAUGGAGACCAGCAAGGGGAGUCAACCGUUAAAGUGAAAAUCUUUCAAAAAAUCACCUUCACGAAUGUUCCCUCACCCCAAGAGUUUACUGAAAGAGACAAUGCCGACAUCAUUUGUGACGUGGUCAGUUCCCCUCCUCCCACUGUCAUCUGGAGAUAUAAAGGAGCAAGAAUACAGAUGGAGAAAGAUGUUCGCUUUAAGGUGCUGAGCAACUAUCACCUUCAGAUCCGUGGCAUAAAGAAGACGGAUGAGGGCUCCUACACCUGUGAGGGUCGCCUCAUGGCCCGCGGCGAGAUUGAUCUGCGGGUCAUCAAGGUCGUGGUGAACGUGCUCCCAACCAUCAGGGUAUGGCAGUCAGAGGUGAAUGCCACAGCAGAUGUCGCGCAGCCUGCCAUGUUGACUUGUGCUGCCGAUGGCUUUCCUGAACCCAUGGUGACAUGGACAAGGGGUGACGUGGUUCUUGACGCAGGAGAGAAGUACAGCUUUAAUGAAGAUGGCUCUGAAAUUACAAUAAUGGAUGUUACCAAGCUGGAUGAAGGAGACUACACAUGCAUUGCCAAGAACAAGGCUGGGGAAACUGCGCAGGAGCUCAGUCUCAGAGUGUUUGCCAAACCCAGGAUCACAUUCAUCGUGAACCAGAGCACGUCAGAGAUGGACGAGCAGGUAACUUUGACUUGUGAGGCUUCAGGUGAUCCAACUCCCACCAUCAACUGGAGCUAUGGCCAACGCGACUUCACCGAAGGAGAACAGGCACAUCUAAGCAGGAUCUAUCAGGCAUCAUGGACUCGGCCUGAGCAUCACAAGAGUCUGGAUGGGAAUGUGGUGGUGAGGAGUGACGCUCGUGUCUCCUCCCUCACUCUGAAGUACGUUAAGUAUACAGAUGCCGGCUCGUACCUCUGCACAGCAACCAGUGCCAUUGGAGAGGAUAGUCAGUCGGCAUACCUGGAGGUCCGCUAUGCCCCUAAAAUACAUGGUGAAGUGGCAGUGUAUACCUGGGAGGGGAAUGCAGUGAAUAUCAGCUGUGAAGUCAAAGCUCAUCCCAGUGAUGCGUCCAUUGUUUGGCUGAGAGACCGACUGCAGCUGCCCAACUCCAACACCACCAACAUUAAGAUCUUCAGGACUCCAUCAGUCAGCUUCCUGCAGAUAACCCCAGAGUCUGAAAAUGACUUUGGGAGCUAUAACUGCUCCGCCUCUAAUGAGAUGGGCACAGAGUCCAAGGAGUUCCUGCUCAUUCAGGCCGAGGUGCCGUCGGCUCCGUUCGUCAGUGAGGUGAGACCCUUCUCCACCUCAGCACAGAUCCAGUUUGCGGAGCCCGAUUCCACCGGAGGAGUUCCUGUCCUGAAGUACAAAGCGGAGUGGAGGACGCAGGGCCGGGGCAGCUGGGCUCAGGAGGUCUACAUGCUUGAAGAUGGCUCCAUCAGUGAGGUGACCAUCACCGGCCUGAAACCAGAGAGCAGCUACGAAAUGAAGUUGUCUGCCAUCAACGGAAAGGGUGAAGGUGAAAGCAGCCCGGCCGAGUUCUUCAAGACGGAGCCUGUCCGUCAAACUUACAAAAACGGCACUUUUCGUUUUUUCAUUGAAGACACAGAAGGGAAUCCCAACCCUCCUAAGCUUGAAGGGGCUCUUCAAACUAAAGGUAACUCGCUCAGAAUCGGCUGGAUCAAGCAAGACGACGGCGGCUCACCCAUCUUACAUUAUCUCAUCCGCUACAAACCUAUACAAGCGUCAGAGUGGAAACCAGAAAUCCGACUACCCAGCGGCAGCGAGUACGUGGUCCUCAGCAGCCUGGAGUGGGACACAGAGUACAAUGUGUAUGUGGUGGCAGAGAAUCAGAAGGGCAAGUCGCAGCCAGCGAGCAUGUCCUUCAGGACGUCCACGCAGCCAGAAGCCAUCCCAGAUAUGGGUGAGGAGGCAGCGCUCUCCAUGGGCAUCAUGAUCUGGGCAGGGAUCCUUGUUGUGGUGUUUCUGCUGCUGCUGCUGGCGGUGGACGUCACCUGCUACUUUGUCAACAAAUGUGGCCUCAUCAUGUGCCUCUGCGGCAAAUCUGGCACCGGGACCAAAGGACACAACCUGGAGGAGGGCAAGGCAGCGUUCGUGAAAGACGAGUCCAAAGAGCCGAUAGUUGAAGUCCGAACAGAGGACGAGUGCACAGCCAAUCACAACGCAGCAGGACCCACAGAACCCAAUGAAACGACACCUCUCACAGAGCCAGAGCUGGCGGCUUUCACUGCUGCUCUGGCACUGGAAACCCUCUCGUCCGUAGCCACCAACUCUGACACAGCCACUGCAACAAUUGACCCUGCUCAGGACAGCCCCUCUAGCGAGUCCACUACCCUCACUUUUAGCCUGUCCACCCCGGCCAACGACCCCUCACCCACCCCCAUGAGGGCACCGGCCCCGACCCCAGAGUCAAAUGCGACCACGAUGGCCCCUAUACUCUUCACGGCUGCCAUUGAGGCUAAAAUGGCCCCGUUGGUAGAACAAAGAGGAAGUUACGCCCCGAAAGAAAAGGAGAAAAUAACCACCCCACCUAGUAGCCCUGAAGCGCCCAAACCUCAAAAAUCUGGGACACCAAUACCACCGAAACGUAGACACUCUCCCAAACUUGCCGCACUGAAUGCUAAAGGUAGCCCCCCUGUAUCUCCACUCGCCACGUCCUCCCCGGCAUCCUCCCCGGCAUCCUCGCCCGCUCCCGACACCAAGAAGAAGGCUCCGAGCCCCCCGGUUCCCAAGCCUCUGACGAAACAAGACCCUGUAGCCUUAGCCACCGAGACACCAGCGCAAACUGCCUCCGCUCGAGCAAACACUGCCCCUCCUAAACCAGACACCGAUUCAAACGCCACUGCCCCAGAUGCCAGUGGGCGUAGCCUUACUGCCUCCGACUCCAACAACCCCUCCGACCAAACUGUUGACAGCAACACACCCACUGCCAAAGCUGCUGCUACCAGCUCUCCCUCAGUGAGCCACACUGCUCUUAGAGCUGUAGAAUCUGCUCCUCUAGUUGCAGAACUCCCCUCUCCUCUUCCUGUUACUGCCAUUCCUACUCCUGCCCCCCCUAGUGCCCAGGUGCUGGUCUCCAAUGAUCUCCACACAGCCCCAUUAGACAUGUACGACUUACUAACCCCUGACCUGGGGCCCAGAUUUAGUGCAGAUUUCGAUUUAGAGCUGACUAAUGGGACAGAGAGCUGCUUCCUCCCCCCCGCAGACCUUAUGAGCUUAGAGAGCCCGCCCUCUGCCCCCUCUCUGCCCAAUGGAGACGGCGCAGACCUCCCCCCCUCAGGCCCAGUUCUGGACGCAUCAGAGACUCUGGCCAAGACUGCUCCUGUCAACGAUGAGAAGCUUUUUUCUGACGAGAAAGUCAAACUGGAGGAGGCAGGAUUUUCAAACGCCCUGACAGAGAUCGCUGCAGAACACAACAGUGUCAUGCAGACAAAAGCCACCGAGAGCAAAGCAUGAUGGGCCGGGGGAACAACCCCAGCCCGGUUCCAAAACAUUCUGUGGGGCAGCAGCGACG